AUGCCCCAGCAUCUAAUAUCUGAUAGAAUCCAAGAAGAGACCGAAUACACAUCGUCAAGGUCGCGGCUCCCGUCCAGAGGAACGUUAACGCCUUCAAUGGGAUGGCCUUUUCACCACCGCAACACUUCCGAGGUGCCUUCGAGCACAUGGUCUAGUCAUAUGAACCUGUCAGGCCUGUUUCGUCCGACUAACGGGCAACGUCGGUCAUUUUUCCACUCUCACGCAGCGAAUCAGGACGACGCCAUUAGCAUUGCCAGAAGUAUCGUACCCGACUACAUUGUGAACUUCCUCAGAGGAGAGACGCCCGAGACUUUGGCACGGAAGAAGGAGUCACAGCAAUGGGGGCGGCGUGGCAUUGAGAUCAUCCCAAACCAUCGGGACACUCUCGCGUCGUGUCCCGUCGAGUUCGGACACUACUAUUCGUCUACUACCGACUUGACCGACCCGAACGAACACAGCUCCAGAAGCCAAAACGGUCUAAGGAGGCACUUCACCGGCUGGCGAGGUGGCGUCGUCUUCAACACAGUCUUAACAUUCAUAAUCUUGGUGGCCGGAAUAGUUUGCUUAAUACUGGCCUUCACCAAAUCGAAAGCACAGUCAGGCGAGUCGUCAAUCUACUCGGGCGAUUGCACCAAGGCCCACAAUCUCAACAUCGGCUUACAUGUCGUCAUCAACGUCUUCACCGUCGUUCUCCUAGCUGGAGCCAACUACGUCUUUCAUGUUCUCUCAAGCCCCACGAGGCGAGAAGUCACCACAGCGCACGAGAAGAGGCGGUGGCUCGACAUUGGUAUCCCCUCUCUACGCAACUUCGCUCACAUCUCGAGCUUCCGAGCGACGCUGACGAUCAUCAUCAUGCUCGCCGCCGUCGCAAACCAAGUAAUAUAUAAUGCAGUAAUUUUCACUUCUCAGAGUACUCAGGAGACCUGCAGUGUGAACGUCAGCGGUUCUAUGCUCGGCGUCGCCGCGUUGCUUAAUCUCGUCACGUUCCUCAGCCUGACCGUCGUUCUCACGAGGUCUUCUUUCAAGCCGCUCGCCACCCUUGGCGAUGCCAUCCGCUCCUUCCUAGAAAACCCAGACGAGACGACGACAGGUGUCUGUCUGCUAUCCAAAGACGAUGUACGGCAAGGCCGGUGGGAAUCUACCAAAGCCAAGUACUUCCCCCAGCCAACCGAUCACCACUGGAUCCAGAGCCCGUCGCUCGCCCGAUGGGCCGUCACGAUACUCUCCUGGCUCGCUGCCAGCGUCCCCACCGCCGUCGCAUUGGCGCUCAUGAUCCGCGCAAACAACGACAAUUCACUCACCCCGUUCGGCACCGCGACAGCCAAUGCCACCUUCCUUCUCCCGAGCUCCUUUACCGCCCCGCAGAUGGCAAUCAUCGCCUCGCUCCCGCAGCUCCUCCUCGCCAUCCUGUAUCUGACCAUCAACUCGCUCCUGACGACCUACUUUCUAUCACAAGAGAUCGCACUCUUCGCCGUGGGCCCGCGCGCCCUCCGCGUCUCUUCCAAUCCGUCCGGGAGGCAAUCCACGAGUCUGUAUCUCACGCUGCCGCGGCCCGUAUCCUGGAUGCUCCUGGCCGUCUUUGCGGCCCUAGGCCUAGUGCUAAGCCAGGCCGUCUUCCCUGCCGCUCUCGACGCCGCCACCGCCACAGCCUUCGCGCCCUCCUCGUCCCCUGACCACGCCGCAUCCGCCGUUGUACCAGCAAUCGCCUUCAGCACGCAGGCGCUACUGACCCUCAUCGUUAUCCUCAUAGUUAUCCUCGUCGCCCUCCUCAUCGCCGUCCUGGGCCUCGGUCUCCGCCUCACGCCCGCUGCCCGGCUCGCCGACGGCACCGCCAAGGGGAACCCGAUUGCGCUGCAGGGCGGGUCCUGCUCCGCGGCGCUGAGCGCAAAGUGCCACCCUGCUGCCGGCGAGGGCGAGAUAUGGCUCGGUCGCGCAACCUGGGGCGUCGUGCAGCCCGCGACGGGGGUGCGGGUCGGACGGUGCGCGUUCUCGGGCGAGGGGGCGGGCUGUGUGGAUGUGGGCAGGAGCUAUGCUUGA